GUUCAAAAGCAGGUAGUCCUGCAGUGUCUCGCCAAAGAAGUCAUGAAAAUAAGUUUGAUAGUCCAACAUUUACUCUUGAAAGAAGUAAGGAGUCAAGGCCUCAAAAGAAUGACGAGGAUGCAGACGAAAGUAAAAUCAUUUCUCUUCCAAAAGGUAAACACUCGAAGGAGGUGGCUCCGACCAUUUCUCGUAGUGAAAGUGAAGAGUCAAGUGAGGAAUCUUCAGCAGCAUCUAAUCAAAGUAGCGAAGAGGAAUGGGAAGAGGCACAUACCCCUCGUCAAAGAAGAAAAGAAGCAAGGAUAAAAAGUCCUCCCAUGUCCCACAAGAGAAAACGCAACUAUGCAAAAUUAAGAAGUCCUCCCGCUUCUCGUCAAGCGAGUGGAGAGUCGAGUGAGGAGCUUUCAUCAAUCUCCAGUGAGAGCUUCGAAGAAACAGGGGAAGUAAGUCCAACUUCUCGCAAAAGGUGGAAAGAAGCAAAAAAAAAAACUCCCACUGGAAGAAGUAAGGACGUACGGG